AUGUCAAACAAGCAAUCGAGUAGCUAUGACACUUCACCACAAAGCUUCUCCAGCUAUAGCAAUUUAAUAGAUUUGCUACCUUCAGUAUCUCAAGUUCCUUCAUGGACCUGUACACAAGAUCAACCAGAUAACACACCCAGUAAAAAGAAAGAUGAAAAAACACCAGGCAAGAAAAAAGAAGAAAAACCAAAGAAGCUAAAAAAAGGAACAAAACGAAAGUUUGAGAAUGUGGAAGAGGCAAUCCGUGAUCAAUUGACAAUGAAAAAUGUCAAGUUUUUGAAGGAGUUUUUGAAGAGUGAAUUUGGAGAGACAGGAGGUAAUCUUAGAAAAGAUGCUCUGGUAGCAAAAUUGGUAACUAGAAUUUGUUCUUCUGUUGAGGAAGAGACGGAUGAAAGAGAUGAGUUAUUCGAAGACAACAUCAAAAAAAAAGCCCUAUUAAUUCCAACAAGAAUGAAGCAAGAAAGUUUCCUCGUCAAAGGAGAAAAGAUUGCCCACGUUAGUUCUGGUGGCAGUCAUACAGUUAUAGUAACAGACCAAUGUAAUGUGUAUGCAUUUGGUAGGAAUCAAAAUGGACAGUUGGGAAUAGGAUCAUUUGAGGAUUCCCCAACACCAAAGAAAGUGGUUUUUGAUGUUGUGGAUGAUUAUAUUGUUAAUGUUUCUUGUGGAGACAGGCAUACAGUGUUCCUUACUCAUAAAGGAAGAGUUUAUGUUUGUGGAGCCAAUUUCAAUUAUCAAUUAGGUUUGGGUCAUAACACUAACAUGUCAAAACCAGUGUUGGUGGAUCAAAUGAUUUCUAGAAAAAUAAGAAGGGCUGUUUGUGGAGCAAGACACACUGUAUUAAUAACUGGAAAAGGAAAGAUUUAUACAGCUGGAUUGGGAUCUUUUGGACAAUUAGGCCAUGGUGAUUUUGCAGACCAACCAUAUUUUAAGAAGAUUGAAGAUAUUGAGUGGCUUUGUUCCUCCUGUUCCACCAAGGAGCAUGUAAAUGUUGCCCUAAGUUCAACAUAUGAAGGUAUGUAA